AUGGAGAAUCUGCAAGAGCAGGGUAUCAACGUCAUCUACGCAAAAGAAGUUGAAAGUGUGCAAAUGGAUGGAGAAAAGAAAAAGGUCUCGUUCAGCAAGUAUCCUGCUGGUCAGAGUUUAUCCAGUGAAGUCUACGACACUAUCGUUUGGGCUAUGGGUCGUGAUCCUCAACAUGACACCCUCAAUUUGAGCGCCGCUGGUGUGAAAACUGAUAAUUCUACAGGACGAAUUGUCGUGGGUAAAGAUGAUCGAACGUCUGCUGAAAAUGUUUACGCAAUUGGAGAUGUAGCCUUAGGCCGCCCAGAAUUGACUCCGACUGCCAUACGCGCUGGCCAGCUGUUAGCACGACGCAUUUUCGCUGGUGACAAUAAAAUUAUGAGUUACGAUAACGUGCCAACUACCGUAUUCACGCCACUCGAAUUAGGUACAGUGGGAUUCUCAGAGGAACGAGCUGUUCAAGAGUUCGGCUCCGAAAACAUUGAGGUGUUUCAUUCACACUUUACUCCUUUCGAAUACGUCGUUCCACAAGAUCCUCAGUCGGCUCAUUGCUACGCGAAGGUGGUCUGUCUCCGCAAUGCGCCCCACAAAAUCCUCGGUAUGCAUAUCGUUGGCCCAAACGCGGCUGAGAUUAUCCAGGGUUAUGCCGUAGCACUGAAUGCUGGCAUCACAUUUGAGCAGUUGACUGAUACGAUAGCGAUUCAUCCGUGCACUUCAGAAGAGUUCAUAAAAAUACACAUAACGAAGAGAUCAGGAUUGAGUCCAAAAGUGCAAGGAUGCUGUGGAUGA